CGGGUAAAUAAAUCAAAUGAAGGCACGCCUUCGAAAUUAACAGCGAUAAUUUAAUAAAUUUGAUGCGCAAAAAACAAUUACUUUAACGAAGCAGUGCUAAUUACGCCUAAUUUGCAUUUCUUUUGAAUGGUAAUGCCACAAUAUCGCCAGCGGGAGCGUCUUUAUUUAAAUGUUUAUCCUCAACUUAUUCAAAAUAUUUUUAAUUCGGAAUAUGUUCAUAAUAUCCUUGAUAACGUAACAACCGCAAUUGCAACAUAAAAUUUGUGUUCUCACAAUCCAAGAUUUCUAUUGUAAAACAUGGCUCGGGCCGGCAGCAUUAGUGCAGUGGUGGUGCUCGCUCUCACAGUCGCAGUGAAAGCUAACGACGUAACGUUCUACCUGUUCACCAAAGAAAACCCGAACUUCUACGAGCUGAUCCAGCUCGACCAGAGCAACAUUGAGCAGAAUCUGCACGACAACGCCAGGACAGUCCUACUAAUCCACGGCUGGUCAGAAAAUCGCACAGCCGACUGGUUCGAAGACCUGAAAAAUGCCUUCUUGUCGCGCACCGACGUCGUCUACAACGUCAUACACGUGGACUACAACAAAGUGGCCUCAGAGCUGUACCCGAUCGCCGUCAAAAAAAGCGUGGCAGUUGGAAAUCAAAUAGGAAAAUUCAUUCUGGCCAUGCUGAAGGCCGUGUCUUUAUCAAAUAUUGAAAUAUGUGGGCAUUCACUCGGCGGACAAAUUGCCGGAUACGCCGGUCAAUACGUUUUGCGAAAAACCGGCUAUAGAUUGCCGAGAAUCACGGCGUUGGAUCCUGCGGGACCGCUUUUUGAGGGAAUUUUUAACAUCAAUCGGAAACACUUGGACAGGAAUGACGCCGAAGUCGUUUUCGUGAUACACUCAGAUCGGGGGAAGUUCGGCUACAGUUACGCUUGCGGCACGGUGGACGUUUUCCCCAAUAACGGGGUGGCAAUCCAGCCUGGAUGCCCAGACUUCGGCCAAAACGACAUUCUGUUUUGCAGCCACCACAUGAGCUACAGGUUUUACAUCCAGGCAGUGGCACAGCCGCAAAGUCUUUUCGCAAUACAGUGCAAAAAUUACGAGUCCUUCCAGAAGAAGGAUUGCGAGCAGAGCAGGAUCAUUGAUCUCGGGGGCGAGAUUAAUCCGGUGGACCGGGGGACGUAUUUUCUGAAAACGCAGCCACAACCGCCGUACCGAUUAGAGCCCUAACUGUAUUUUAUAAUAAUUGUCUAAUAAAAAAGUUACGUU